AUGGCAGGAGAGGUGGUGAUAAACCGGCCGCCGGAAAUACUAACCGGCGGUGAGACUCGUUCAUCUCCGUCGCACGUCAACGGUCAGCGCAUUUCGUUCUUCGUUGACCGGUUGCUUUCUCUCAUUCGUGGCGACUUACAAAUUAAUAAUGAGUUCUGCAGUCUCUGCAUUUCUCUUGCUAGAAAUAUUGACUAUGCUGUUGCUAACAAUGAAAUUGCGGAUAGAGCUUCAGAUUUACCAAAUUUGUUGAAGCAGGUCUGUCAAUGGAAAAAUGGCGCCCCAGUUCUUGCAGCUGCCAUGGUGCUGAUGAUCUCCAUAAAGGGUGCUUCUAAAAAUGGAUGGUUUGAUGAGAAGGAUAGCAAUGAACUUCAUAAUCUUUGGAACGAGAUAGCCAGCAGUUUCUGCAGUAUUGGUGAUAUGAACACUGAGGAGAGCACAUUUCAUCACAGCAUAUCAGCAGUUAUGUCAAGGUUCUAUCCAGGAAUGAAGAUGGGUGAAAUACUUGCUUUCGUUGAGGCCAUGCCGGGUUAUGGUGCAAUUCUGAAAGAUUUCCAUAUUCCAAAAAAUGCGAAAGACGAUGCAAUAUAUUUGUUUGUUGCUCAAACAGAUAAUACCGAGACAUCAUCAUGCAUUGUUAGUCCACAACAAGUCAACUUUUUGGUGAAUGGAAGAGCAGUGGACAAGAGGACUUGUCUUUACAAGGAUCCCGGACCACAGAUACCAACAUUUGUAAAACAUAUGGUUAAGCAUGGAACCAAUCUUCUUCAAGUGGUGGGCCAUUUUAGUGGUAAAUAUAUUAUAGUAAUUGCCUUCAUGAGUAUUGUCUCAACUCCAAGCUGUCCUACCCUUCCAGAUUAUGUGCGACCAGUUGCUGCUGCAUCUGAUACAGACAAUGAUGUAAUCGAAGGGUUGUCUAGAGUAUCGCUAAAUUGCCCCAUAAGUUUUAAACGCAUCAAGACACCUGUCAAAGGGCAUUUAUGUAAUCAUCUUCAGUGCUUUGACUUUGACAACUAUGUGGACAUAAACUCGAGAAGACCAUCAUGGCGUUGUCCUCAUUGUAGUCAAUCUGUUUGCUUCACGGACAUCCGAAUUGACCAGGGCAUGGUUAAGGUUCUGAAAGAAGUAGGCGUGGAUGUGUCUCAUGUGAAAAUCUCUGCUGAAGGCUCGUGGGAAACUGUUAACGAGGGUGGUGAUUAUACGCAUAAAUUGCAAGAUAAACCACCUUCACACCAAGAAUCUAAUAUCUCCCUAGAUGUGGGUGGAGAUAUUUUGGAUCUUACAGGAACAGAUAAUGAUAUGGAUUCCAGUAAUUGCCCACAAGAAAUCGAUAGAAAACCUUCUGUUACUCAUUUACAAGAUGUGAACAUGAACAAUGUCCGUAGCAGUAUUGCAUCUCAUAUAGAGACGCAGUCAUGGAGAACUGAGUUACCGUCACCUGCAAAUGGGGCAUGUAAUAGCAUAUCAAAUGUCACUAUGGGGGCACCUGCAAAUGCUAUUUCACAUGAUUUAAGUCAACUUUAUGCUCCCAAUAAUACGCAGUUACCUACAUAUGCCAUUGGAUCAUCUAAUACCAGAUCAAACGUCACUGUGAUGGCACCUAUAAGACAUACUGUCAUGAAUGCUAUUUUGCAAAGUCGAAGUCAAAGUCAAACUUUUACCUCCGAUGGUAUGCAUUCACAACAACAUAACUCAAACAAUUUGAGUAAUGGAUAUCUGAGGUCCCUGACACCCGGCAUGGAGGGAACAAGAAUUUCAACUCCAGUUCAGGCCCCCCCAGUAAUAGUUGGUGGCGAUACACAGCAACAAUAUUCUGGACCUCAAAUGGAUCAACGUCAAAUUAGGCAUAUCAUGUCAGCUGCACUGUCCCAGAACAUGAGUUCACAGAACUGGGUCCAUAGUGGGGUUCCAAUUCAUCAACUAAUUCAGCAAUUUGGCGCUCCUACAGCUCUACCUCAAGACCCAAAUGGUUCUCUGCAGACUUCACCUCAUCCGGCAAAUCAAUUCUACUCUCAACAACACCAUCCAUCUGACCCAAUGUUAGCACAUUCGUUGUGGUCCACGACUCAGUUGUCUCCUCAAGUUCACCAAGGAGUUGAAGGAUUCACCACCGGACUAGGAAGCUACCAACAAGCUCUGCACUAUACCAUGGCCACUGCUCAACGAGCUAUUCAGACUAGCGGGGCACCACCCGUUCCAACUCCAUUACAUACUUCUGGAUCAUCUAUGCCUCAGAUAUUUAGGGAAGCACACAGAGGACAAGCUCAACAGGUCAACAACUUUUUAGCCAAUGCACCAGUGGACAUGCAUAUGCGACCCGCUGGAAUCAUGCGUGGAAGCUUGUCAGGUCAGGCUUAUUUUGAUGCUGUUAAUCAAAUGAUAGUUCAUCCCGCGCAACCAGUCCAAGCUGCUAGACCUCGAGCUCUGAACACCCCCAGACCUGUACUACCGCCCCAUCUGCAAGUCCUAUUAAGGAAUAAUAGCAAUGUUCACGAUUAUCGAAAUCAACAUGGUGCAAGUGGUUGGUGUUAGAUUGCAGCAGUGUUGGUGUCUGACAACUAGAGUUUUACCUGAUAAUUUUGAUGUCACCAGAGAAGUGAAUGUAUAGACUCUAGAAGGCAUGGCUGAUUUUGUAUUUAGUUACUACUAGCCGUGCAAAUGCAGAUUCUAUCUCAGUUUGUGUUUGCUAGAUUUUCCACGGUGUUUCGAAUAGUUUACUUUUGGGUCACUCUUCCUUUCUUACAUAUGUAGGUAUCUAAAAUGUUGAUAUAUAUAUAUAUAUAUAUAUA